AUGCACGCCACCGCCACCAUCUCCACCACCACCAUCGCCUCAACCGCAACCUAUGAAUUCGUAGAAGGCAAUGUCUACUUCCCCGCCUCCUCCCUCACGCAGGACAACCCGGAGAUCAAAUUCACCCCGACCUCGCACAGCACGCAUUGCCCGUGGAAAGGCGACGCGAGUUACUACGAUAUCGAGGUGAAGGGGCAGAAGUACGAGAACGCGGCGUGGUAUUAUCCCAAGACGAUUACGGAGAGGGCGAAGGGGUUGGAGGGGAUGGUUGCGUUUUAUAAGACGAAGGUAAAGGUUGAGCGGGAGGAGUAG